UUCUCUCAAAUGCUCCCUCUCAUCCGGGCGCACAUUCGGCAGCUCGGCUUCGAUACAGCUCCUCCCCUAUGUGGUGGCUCCCGUGACCAGCUCCUUGAACGUGAACAGUUUAGCUGAAGAGCGCUUUUCUAAAUACCACGACAAUCUCACCGACUUCGGGAGGAGUUGGUCCUCGGUUGGAUAAGGUUUUCCCGCUCCGUGUGUUGGACCAAAGUCUCUAACUAUACCAGCAAUGGAUACUUGGCUUGGCUUCUGCCCAGGCUUGCACUUAACUCUGUGUACCUGGCUUCUGAUCUCCGCUCAUACCCAGCUAAAUGCCAAGGCGGAGAUAACUUGCGCAUCGUGCCAGUCGCUGGUCCAGCUACACCUGACGGAAUUACAGCUGGAUAUCGGUACGCACGCGGCUGAUGGUACGAGGCAGGCGGCCAAAGCUCUGGAACAGGUCCGGCUGGAGCGGCAGCUACUCGGAGUUACUGACCAAAAUACUGGAGUACCAAGCGACACCCAACAGGCAGGUGUUAUUGUGAAUGAGCCGAGAUUCACUGACGAUGGAAUUACCCCAAAAGUCGCUCUGGAAGAUUUAACUGGGUCUAGUGAAAACGAAGAAAUGUACCGUGGUGAAUAUAAUAUUGGGGUGAAUGAUUUGGGUAAAGUCAAUAAUGGUGCUGAGGAUGUUGCGUUACGGAGAGCGAAGCGAAGCGGUCCCGAACCUCCCGAGUUUAGGGAGAGCCUUAGGACCGGUGGCCCCGGUUUGGAAGGAGAGACAUCGGAUGAGAGAAGGAGUCCUGGUCCUUUACUGGACGGACACAGACUGGGCCGAUCCGAAUUCAAGUGGAACAGGGACGAGGGUCGAGGGACUUCCAGAGGUGAUGAUCCCAAACUAAGCAGCACUACUUUCGCCUUGACCGGGGACUCAGCGCAUAACCACGCAGUGGUUUACUGGUCGGGGCAAAACAGCAGCGUGAUCCUGAUUCUGACCAAACUCUACGACUUUCACCUGGGGAGUGUUACAGAGAGCACCUUGUGGAGAUCAACAGACUAUGGAUCCACCUAUGAGAGGAUGAAUGACAAAGUGGGAUCUAAGACUGUGCUGAGUUACCUGUAUGUCUGUCCAUCCAACAAGAGAAAGAUAAUGGUGCUGACAGACCCGGAGUUUGAGAGCAGUGUGCUCAUCAGCUCAGAUGAAGGAGCGAGCUAUCAGAAAUACCGCCUCAGCUUCUACAUUCUAAGCCUUCUGUUCCAUCCAACACAGGAGGAUUGGGCUCUAGCCUACAGCCACGACCAGAAGUUGUACGCCUCCCUGGACUUUGGGAGAAAAUGGCAGCUGGUUCAUGAGCAUGUGAACAGGUUCUACUGGUCUGUAACGGGUCUGGACAAGGAAUCUGAUCUGGUUCACAUGGAGGCACACACCCCCAAUGGACGUAUACAGUAUGUAACAUGCCAGGCUCUAACAUGCUCAGAGCCCAACAGAAACUACCCAUUCCCUGGAUACAUCGACAUCAGCUCACUGGUUGUCCAAGAUGACUAUAUGUUUAUUCAGGUUACUACAGCAGGACAGGCCAGCUACUACGUAUCCUACCAGAGGGACCCAUUCCUCAAAAUUAAACUGCCCAAAUAUUCUCUGCCUAAGGACCUCCACAUCGUCAGCACAGACGAGCACCAGGUCUUCGCGGCAGUACAGGAGUGGAACCAGAAUGACACGUACAACCUGUACCUCUCCGACACCCAGGGCAUCCUCUUUACCCUGGCCAUGGAGAACGUCAAGACCACCCGCGGCCUGGGGGGCAACCAGAUGCUGGACCUGUAUGAGGUAGCAGGUAUCAAAGGCAUGCUGAUCGCAAACAGGAGGCUGGACAACCAGGUGAAGACCUACAUCACCUACAACAAGGGCCGUGAUUGGAGGUUACUGCAGGCCCCGGCGACAGACCUGGCUGGCAACGACAUCCACUGUAUACUGCCCUUCUGUUCGCUCCAUCUCCAACUGCAGACGUCUGAAAACCCCUACCUGUCAGGCAGCAUAUCAACCAAGGCCUCAGCACCGGGAAUCAUAGUGGCCACAGGGAAUAUUGGGUCUGAGCUGUCGUACAAUAACGUUGGAAUGUUCAUCUCGUCUGAUGCUGGUAACAACUGGAGACAAAUAUUCGAGGAGGAACACAACGUCUGGUUUCUGGAUAAAGGAGGAGCCCUUGUUGCUGUGACACAACCAACCGUCCCCACUAGACAUUUACAAAUCAGUUUUGAUGAAGGGCGUCAGUGGACCAGACACAGCUUCUCCUUGGUGCCUCUGUUCGUGGAUGGGAUGCUGGUGGAGGCCGGGACAGAGAACCAGAUCAUGACGUUUUUUGGACAUUUCAGCCAUAGGUCUGAGUGGCAGCUUAUCAAGAUAGACUACAAGUCCAUAUUCAACAGGAAAUGUACAGAAGGAGACUAUCAGACGUGGCACCUUCACAACAAGGGCGAGCCGUGUGUGAUGGGCCAGAAACAGAUCUAUAUGAAACGCAGACCAGGAAACUAUUGCAUGCUGGGAAAAGACUACGCCAAAGUUCUCUCUGCUGAGUCGUGUAUCUGUCGGGCCCACGACUUUGAGUGUGAUUAUGGCUAUGAACGGCGUAGAGAAGGGAACUGUCUACCAGCGUUCUGGUUCAACCCAGCUGUUGUAUCAAGGAGCUGCAGCCAAGGACAGAAGUACCUCAACAGCACAGGGUACCGAAGAGUGGUGUCCAACAACUGCAUCAAGGGAGUCAAGGACAUGUACACACCCAGGAAGCAGAUGUGUCCCAACAGGGCUCCAAAAGGCCUUUCUCUCUCCACCAGAGAGGGCACGCUUACCGCUGACCUGCACACUAACGUCACCUUCCUUGUGCAUCUGGAUGAGUCCUUACUUGAGACUUUACUUGCUUUCCAGGGGGACUCAAUGAGAACCAACAUCCAACUGGAUUUUGGAGAUGGCACGGCAGUCUCCUACUCCAACCUGAGCUGGAUCGAAGAGGGUAUCAGACACAUUUAUAAGACGGCUGGGAUAUUCCGUGUCUCGGCCUUGGCGGAGAACACCCUGGGGUUUGAUACUACCACCUUGUACCUCCAUGUUACAUGUCCUGUUGAACAUGUCCAGUUGCUGGCUCCAUUUGUGGCCAUCAAGAACAAGGAAGUAAACCUAACAGCAGUGGUCUGGCCCAUCCACUCCAGGACCGUCACCUACUUCUGGUGGCUGGGGAACAGCACUGAGCCGGUGAUCAGCUUAGACGGGAGCAUCUCGUACACCUUCACCAGCGAGGGAAUGAACACUGUUACGGUCCAAGUGUCUUCAGCCAACACCAUACUGCAAGACACCAAGACGAUAGCAGUCCAAGAGUUCUUCAAAUCUCUGCUUUUAUCUUUCUCCCCUAAUCUGGAUGAGUACAACCCUGACGUCCCCGAGUGGAGACAGGAUGUGGGGAGAGUUAUUAAGAAGGCUCUGCUCCAAGUAUCAGACUUUCCAGAGGAUCAGCUGUUGGUUGCAGUGUUUCCAGGGGUGCCAACGGCCGCUGAGCUCUUCCUGUUACCACACAAGAACCAAUCAGAGGGCAGGAAAAAGAGCGAGGAGGAGCUAGAGCAGAUCUCUGAGAUACUUGCUAGCGCUCUGAACCAGAAUCUGGUGGAGUUUGAGCUAAAGCCAGGAGCAAGAGUAAUUGUUUACAUCACUCAGCUAACUUUGGCACCCUUGGUGGAUUCCAGCCCGAGACACAGCAGUUCAGCCAUGCUGAUGCUCCUAUCAGUGGUAUUCCUGGGUUUAGCAGUGUUUCUCAUCUACAAAUUCAAGAGAAAAAUCCCCUGGAUUAACAUAUACGCGGAAGUGAACCAGGAGAAAGAGCAGGAGAUGAUCGGUUCAGUCAGCCAGAGCGACAGCACGCCUAAGAUCACCCUCAGUGAGUUCUCUACGCCCAAAGAAGUCAUGGAGAAGGAGAUGGACGCCAGAGUUAAACGGCGAAUUGGGAAUGCCUGCGAGAGCACAAGGGAGAUUCCAAACUGUACUAGCGUGUAAAGCCGAGGAAGGAAUGCAACAAAUGUGUACAGACAAAGUAUUGCCAUUUUAAGGGUUCCCUCUUUUUUUGGUUUCUUUUGAAAUUUCUCAAACACAACCCCAAUGUUAAUAGUUUUCUAAGGACCUGGUUUAUACUGAUGAGCAUGGGUGUCUUGCUUGAUAGCAUCUAUGUGGCGAAUCUGAAAUCCACUCAACGAGACAAGUUUCAAUUACAAGUAUGAGCUUCUUAGGCCUACUGUUACACAAUUUGGAUUACAAAGAAACGUUACAUUUUCAGUCCGUAAUUGUCUUAUUUCAUGGACUUUUAUCAAAGCCUUUUUCAAAACCUACGAAGAGAGUUAUGUACAUUUCUUAAUGUUUUACUUUUCAUGAGGUAUAAGAGUUUUUGUCUGUAUGGGCCAUCAUGUCUAGGUCUCCGAUCUAACAGGGAAUAUUAUUGAAAAUGUACCAUAUUAUCUUCAGAUAUCAGUUAUCGCUCUGUAUAUACAAUAUGUAUGUUUACUUUUCACACGCUUCUAGUAAAAGUACAAUGCCGAACACAGGAGAUCUAGUCAUGGCCUGUUAUCAGUUCUUAAAAGUGUGUUAAAAAGCAAGAUGUUACUUAUAGAAAGAGUCCAACUUUGUUUUUAAUGACGUCCUUGACUUGUGCAUGUUAUUAUUAAGGACAAGAUGUAUGUGUUGUAGAUAAGCAAGUGUUGUAAAUAGUUAUUUUCUAUUCAUUAAAAGAGCUCAGUCACUUUUACAUACAGUA